AUGGAUUACUUUUGCAAUGUCAUGAUUUUCUUUGUGCAAACUAAAAUAGGUAACCGUAACGUGGAUCAUCAUCAUACUCUCAUUCCCCACGCAACAGGGAAAGCACCUUUGGUUCAUUCCCCUCCGCGUCACGUGGAGAUCCGUGCUACUCGGAGGGCACGCCUCGCCCAAACCGGUGCAUCUUCUUCCCUAGCUAUUCCAGCGGCACGAGCUGAGGCUCCUGCAGCUGUCCACUUAACCCCUGGCCAUAUUCGGAUCCAAUUCUUGGAAGCAGAUCUACAAGAUGCUCUUAGAAGGAUAAGGGACUUGGAAGAAGCUGACAGAAGGAGAGAUUUUCGGGUCGAAGUUACAGAAGAGAACUUGCACGAGAUGUUUUGGAGGGUGCAUUUCUUAGACCAGCGUGUACCACCAUCACCACCUGCCGAACCAGAGAUGGAAGAAGAAGAACCCGAGCGGGGUCCAGAGGAAGAACCUGAAGAAGUACCCGAAGAGGACCCUGAGGAGGAAGAGCCGGAUGAGGUUGCUGAUGAAGGUGACGAUGACGAUGACGGUGACGAUGGCGAUGAUGGCGUUGAUGGUGAUGCUGACAUGGGCGAUGGAGAAGUCGAUGACUGA